CAGCCAGCGCACCCGCGCAGCGGCACAGUCGGACUGCAGCGGCGGCUCUACCGUCCUCACAUCUGCAGGACACAUUACCACAUUACCCCGACCCAGCCUGGUUACCUGCGCACUUUAUCUGUGCAUCUGUUCCCUGUGAAACAUUAGUCAGUGACCGAGUGGACCAGGGCGGCAGCAGCCAGGCCUUGCCCAGAAAUUGGCUCCCUACCGGGAAUAAUGGGGGAGACGACGGAUUAGGGGAUAAUCCAGGAUGGCUCCAUAGCACAACCGCAGAAGCAUUUGCAGCUGGACAAGGACCUAUUUCUGAGCUGAUGUGAGCUAAAACCGAAGCCUGAGGCGAGCCAGGAAGCCUGACCACACUCCAGCAGCGCCGACUGUGUCCAGGAACACAAAUGCACAGUGUUCUCCUCAAUUUAUUCCUUUUUAAUUUGGUCAGCUAUGUAUAACAGCGAGCUACAAAGUGUGGGACAGGAUUUGGCCAGCACUUGAUAAACACAGAGGAUUCCAGUGAACCACUCGGAGCUGCAGAUGUUGACUUCAAUUUUUCUUUGUCAGAAGUCGUACACGCUCACAAAAUUGGAAUAACAUUUGGAAGCUGUUUUCCUGGUCCAAACAUCAGGAUUGCUGCAGCAGCGUUGUUUAGUUUUGGGGUUCCAGUGGAAGUAAAACCAAGUCCAGGAACUAAUUGAAGGGAUUUUUCCAAUAAGUACCAAACAGUUCAUCUUUUGCAAGUAUGAAUCUGCAGGAAAAGCUGUCGGGCCUUAAAGGCCUGGUCACACACUCCCACAGCAAGCGGCGUUUUAAAGCUGACCUCACGGUGGAAAUGAUCAGCCCGCCUCUGGGUGACUUCCGCCACACCAUGCACGUGGGCCGCGGCGGCGACGUGUUCGGGGACACCUCCUUCCUGAGCAACCACGGCGGGACGGCCAACGGGAACAAGGAUGAGACGGAUUCCGUGUCGUCUCCCGACAACAAGAUCGGAGCGUUCUUCUCCAGGACGAUUCGGCAAAUCAGGAGAGGCUCCGAAAACCAUCCCAGAGACGUGUGCAAGGAUCUGUCCCCGCCGCCGCCUGCCGUCUCUCCCAUCAUCAAGAACGCCAUCUCCCUCCCGCGGCUGGAUGUGGAUAUGCCUAAUGGGAGUCCCACCACCAAAGUGCUCUUCCCCAGUGCUCUAAACACGCCAGAGGAGAGGAAAAGCUCCUACGGUCUGGAGUCUGGUUUUGUCACUUUGCCUCGUCUCUCCCGCUCGGAGCGCCAGCAGCCAUCCAUCUCCCUCCCCACCUCCUGCGCUCCCAACAUCCACCGCGGCUCUCUGACCGACCCAACUGAUGCCAUAUUAUCCACCUGCUCCACCUCAGCGGUGACCUCUGAUGCCAAACACGCCACCGCCUACUCCGACUCGCUCCCCUCCCUCACCUCCCUGGACACCUUCACCUUCGACCUCGGCCCGUCUCUUAUGAGCGAGGUGUUUCGCCUGAUUGACGGCCAGCCGGAGGAGCAUCUCCCCACCUGGGAGGGGGAGGAAGUAGAGUCGGCAAGCAGGCUGACCACCGAGGGAUCGGAGAUGGGCUCGGCAACCAUCUCCUACGUGGAUUCGCUGCUCAGGGAGGACUGUGGGAACGGCAGAAGUCCACACGCUGCCGAUUGCGAGGAGGAGGAAGGAAGCGCGAUGGAGGUGAACGGAGUCAGACUCUCCGGUAAAGUACCCGAUGUGUUGAUGGGGUCUCCUGAUCGGAUAGGGAUAAGGAUGGAGAGCGAGCGCUUCCAGAGUGCCACAGAUGUGCUCGCACGCCACUAUGGGGUCAGCCUCUUAAAGGGACAGAGCCGAGCGGAGGCCGGAGAUUCAGAGAUGGCGAUCACGAGUACGCCCAAGAACAAAAUGUCCUACAGUUUCCUGGACGAUGAAGAUGAAAUCAAAGUGUGAGCUGAGAAAUUCAAAGUAUUACAAUUUAGAAAAAAAAAGAUCUUAAUCAUUAAUCAUUCCUAUCUAACUCCAAUCAGAUCAAUAUGAAAUUCUUUUACGAUUUACAAGGCAGGCUUUGUAGAGUUGGAUGACCAUGAAAGCUCCUGUAUGAAUCCCUUGUGCUUAAUCCUGGAUUUGUUUCUUCCCUGCGACCGUGCUUCAAGGAAACUACAGUUUGGAUUCUAACCUGCUGCUGAAUGUAUUUAAAAAGGAGAUAAAAACCUGAUUCUUGGACUGUGCAGAAAGAUUUUUUUACAACUGAAACUCAGAGGAGGCAUGGAAAGUGAAGAUGUGCCCGAGAAUGAGGCAAAGAUCCUCUCAAGGGAAACACUAACGUUGCGAAAUGUGGAAGUUACGAAGCCUGUUAUCCCUCCCCCUCGUAAGAAGAGGACAUAUUUUUAGAGUGAGUCAACAUAGCAAGCGAGAAAACAGAGAGGAAGAGAAGGUUAAAAAAGGAAAAACUCUUAAAAUGUAUUCUGAUAUUUUGGCAUCACUGCAAUCUUUUGCCAGCUUUUCUCUCAGGAACCACCAGAGGAAAAAAAGGGAAGAUAAUUAUCUUCAGACAAACCAGAGGGUAACACAUCUUGGUUAUAACACUACAUGAACUGAGGGAAAGUGAGAAGUAUAAUCUGUAUAUGUUAGAUGUAACUAAAGCCUGAACCAUGUAAUUGUUCAUUUUAUGCUGCAAAACCUCCUAUAGAUACCACGUGCACCUUUUUUUGAUUAUAAAGUAUGACUCCUGUAUUGCCUUUUUAUAGAAGAAUUUAUAUGUUCUUUUACAUAACUGUACAUGAAGAUAUUAACUGACCUCCUAUAAAUGUGUACUUUCAGUAUGAGCGCCUGCAGUACAAAGUGCAAUUCAUAUCCGAAUGCUGCAGCCAGUACCGAUGAUAUGCAAUGAUGAUAUGAGCUGACAAUAAAGAUGUUUUUAAUUA